GCUGCGGUGGUGCAUCUCCGGGGCGCUGUGCGCGGCCUUCCUGGGGCUGGGGAUGAGCAUCGCGGUGCUGGGGCCCACCUUCCAAAACCUGGCCGCCAACGUCCACAAGAACGUCAGCGACAUCUACUACAUCUUCGUGGGACGGUCCUUGGGCUACCUGGGGGGGUCGGUGCUCGGGGGGGUGCUCUUCGACUCCAUGAACGCCCACCUCCUCCUCGCAUUAUCCAUGUUUGGAACAACAGUUGGUCUUUAUGGGAUACCCUGGUGUAAGAAAUCCCUGCUGUUAACUGUCUUGAUGUCAGUUAUUGGAGCUUCCAUGGGAAUUCUAGACACAGGUGGCAAUGUACUGGCACUGAAUACCUGGGGAGCAGAGGCUGGGCCACACAUGCAGGCCUUACACUUCAGUUUUGCUGUCGGUGCGUUUGUGGCUCCGAUCCUGGCUAAAAUGGCCUUGGGAGGCUCCGAAUCUAAAGACCUUCUUCCAGUAGCUGAAAAGACAAACCAGUCUGUCCUGAGGUCUGUGCCAGCAGCAUCAGCUGCAUCAGCUGCAUCAGCACUGAAACACCAUCUUGGUGCAGAUUUUUUGUGGUCCUAUGUUGUCAUAGGGACCUAUCUUCUGUUAGUUUCUUUCUUCUUUUUUAUUUUGUAUUCAAAGGGCAGCUCAGCUCGAGACAAAUCAAAGGCUUCUCUGCAGAAGUGCAUGUUUGCCAAAUACCACUACGCUCUUAUUAUUCUCCUGUUCGUAUUCUUCUUCUGCUAUGUGGGAGCAGAGGUCACUUACGGCUCUUACAUAUUUACUUAUGCAAAGGUCUUUGCUGACAUGAAAGAAAACGAAGCAGCCGCUUUGAAUUCUGUCUUCUGGGGCGCGUUUGCCGCUUGCAGAGGAGUGGCAAUAUUCUGUGCUGCUUGCUUGUACCCUGGCACCAUGAUCCUGCUGAGUAUCAUCGGCUCUGCUGCCUCCUCUUCGUGCUUGGCCUUCUUUGCGAGGUACCCAGCUUCGCUGUGGGUUGGAACCGCUGUGUACGGCGCGUCGAUGGCUACCAUCUUUCCCAGCGGCAUUUCCUGGAUAGAACAGUACACGGUCGUGCAAGGAAAAUCGGCUUCUCUCUUUGUGAUCGGCGCCGCGCUGGGCGAGAUGUGCAUUCCGGCCGUGGUGGGGUAUCUUCAAGGAAGGUUUCACCACGUUCCCGUGGUGAUGUACACUGCCUUGGUGACUUCUGCAAUGACAGUUAUGCUCUUCCCUCUGAUGUACAAAUUGGCCAACUCUCCCGGUGAGAGUGACUUGAAAGAAAUGAGUGAGAGCGAGGACCGGAAAGCUUUGUUGUCAAACUCGGGGCUUAAUGAGGAUGAAGAAGAUGAGGAGGAUGCGGGAGAGUGGAACGAAGCAGACUUUGAGGUAAUAGAAAUGAAUGACACGCUGAGAAACUCUGUGAUAGAGACCUCCCGUAAGAUACCAGGGGACUCUCCAGCCAAAGUCUCGCUCCAGCCCCAUCUGGACAAUGUACUGCGCGAUUCUCCAGUGGUUGCUGGUGGCUCCCCUGGGAGGAAAAACGUGAAUGUUGACCGGGAGAAGAAUGAUUAAAGUAAAAGCUGACUUUCUGUUUUUGAAGGGAAAUGCAAUUGAAUUGUAGCUGUUCUUGUAAAGUGGUUCAGGAAUCCUUUUAUAGUGGUGAGGAGCGCAGCGUGUUCAUUUCUGUGUUUGUCCGGCCCUUUCUCCUCUUUCAUUUUCAGUCUGCAGUUGUGUGGGAAAGCCCAUGAUGACAUGAAUGAGGUAACGUGGUAAAAUGUAUAGACUACACCAAAAAUGUUAAAACGUAAGAGACGUUUUCUAAAUGUGAGGCAUGCGUUUAAGUAACAUAUGCUGUAAUAAGAACUAACUAUGAAAGAAGGGGACUGCUCAGACCACUCAGUUUUUUGGGGUGGGUGAAGGGUGCAGUUCUGAGGUGCUUGGUCACAAAACAUUUUCACGAGAGAGGAGCGAAAUCCGUUAUCUGUGAUGCUGAACUUCCUUACCUCGUGAAAGAGGAAUGUUUCUACUGCAUUGAAAGUUUGUGAGUGACAUAAACCAGGAAAUCAAGUCAAAUUUCAGGUGAUGCCCAGCGGCUGUAAAUUGGAUAACCUAUUGGCAAACUAUAUAAUUUCCUGGUUCUGUCACUAAGACGAGAAAAAAUUAAAAAUUAAUUUUUAGGGGUGGAACCAUGCCUUUUGGGUCGUUUAAAAGCGGUGUAUGGGAAGGGGGACAAAAUGGGUCAUAUUAAUCUGCUAUAAUGCAUAACUGAUUUACUAGUUAAACAGUGGUGACAAAUCUAAAAGGUCUAAAGUACUUGUGAUUGUACUUGUGAUUUUAAUUACUGCAUUACCACUGAAAUCAAGAAAAGUAUGAUGAUAAAUUAUAUGUAAACAGAUUACUUACUUAAUAUGUGGUAUUGACACAGAGCUGUGGUUAUUUUAAGCCAGUUGUUUAAAUUAAGGUUAUAACAACCUUUCUGCCUUCCUGUGCCAAGACUUGAACAUAGCGAUGCGUUAAAGUGAAAAUUUGUAAACGAGAGAGGGAACUGUCGAUGAGACAAUCCUUUCUAUCGUGUGCCCCUUGCCAGUUGGAUUGGUGCCGUUUGGGUUUUGUUUCCUUGGGUGAUGACUUAGGGGCAGACGCUUCCUACUGGAGCGGGAGUGGUUUGUAGUUGUAGGUUCAUUGCUGCUAAGCAGCACGUCCUGGGGAAGGACCAGUCAUGCCUGCGAGCCCUCCCCAGCAAGAGCCAAAAAUGCAGCAGCUAAUGGCAAAAUCUGACUCUGAAGCAGCAGUCUUGCAAUUUGUCUACUUGAAACUCCAAAUUUGUAGGUUAAAUAUAUUUUUUUUCUUUAAGGCUGUGUGAUCAGAAUGUGCUCAUGUUUGGGGUUUUUUAACUUUGCACUUUUAUUAGUGUUUUUCUUGCUAAGAAGUUUAAUUUACCAACGCAAGAGCUCUAGAUGUAACAUAGCACAGAACCUUAGAUGUUCAGUGUAUUUUCAGGUCUGAUUUUGUUCCCUCUCUUGUCCUUUGAGUGUGCAAUCUCAAUUCUAGCCUAGAAUCUCU